AUCUGAGGAAUGAUCCUAAUUAUGUUCCUACUGCUGAAGAAAUUACUUCAUUAGAGAUGGUUGAAGGUGCAAAUGUUCUGAAAAAGAAAAAGCAACAGUAUAUCUCACCCCAGUCACUCACUAGAGUUCUAAGGAAUAAACAGCCUCAAGGCCUACCAAAAAGUGAUUUAAAGGUGCAAAAUCAAUCUGCAAAAGAAGUCACAACACAGAAGAACAAAAACAAGGGUCCACCCAGAGAUGCAGUUAUUAAUAUGGCUGAGUUUUUAAGAUACAAAUCUCAAGAGGAGAACCAUGAACCACAAUUAUCUCCAGAAAAUGAAG